UUAUGGUGAUGAUGGUGUCUGCAUUGACCGUGCUCUCGUCCCUUACAUGGCAGGCAUCACAGCGCACGACUCACAUGGCAGGCAUCACAGCGCACGACUCACAUGGCAGGCAUCACAGCGCACGACUCACAUGGCAGGCAUCACAGUGCACGACUCACAUGGCAGGCAUCACAGCGCACUACUCACAUGGCAGGCAUCACAGCGCACGACUCACAUGGCAGGCAUCACAGCGCACGACUCACAUGUCAGGCAUCACAGCGCACUACUCACAUGGCAGGCAUCACAGCGCACGACUCACAUGGCAGGCAUCACAGCGCACGACUCACAUGGCAGGCAUCACAGCGCACGACUCACAUGGCAGGCAUCACAUCGCACGACUCACAUGGCAGGCAUCACAGCGCACGACUCACAUGGCAGGCAUCACAGCGCACGACUCACAUGGCAGGCAUCACAGCGCACGACUCACAUGGCAGGCAUCACAGCGUACGACUCACAUGGCAGGCAUCACAGCGCACGACUCACAUGGCAGGCAUCACAGCGCACGACUCACAUGGCAGGCAUCACAGCGCACGACUCACAUGGCAGGCAUCACAGCGCACGACUCACAUGGCAGGCAUCACAGCGCACGACUCACAUGGCAGGCAUCACAGCGCACGACUCACAUGGCAGGCAUCACAGCGCACGACUCACAUGGCAGGCAUCACAGCGCACGACUCACAUGGCAGGCAUCACAGCGCCCGACUCACAUGGCAGGCAUCACAGCGCACGACUCACAUGGCAUGCAUCACAGCGCACGACUCACAUGGCAGGCAUCACAGCGCACGACUCACAUGGCAGGCAUCACAGCGCACGACUCACAUGGCAGGCAUCACAGCGCACGACUCACAUGGCAGGCAUCACAGCGCACGACUCACAUGGCAGGCAUCACAGCGCACGACUCACAUGGCAGGCAUCACAGCGCACGACUCACAUGGCAGGCAUCACAGCGCACGACUCACAUGGCAGGCAUCACAGCGCACGACUCACAUGGCAGGCAUCACAGCGCACGACUCACAUGGCAGGCAUCACAGCGCACGACUCACAUGGCAGGCAUCACAGUGCACGACUCACAUGGCAGGCAUCACAGCGCACUACUCACAUGGCAGGCAUCACAGCGCACGACUCACAUGGCAGGCAUCACAGCGCACGACUCACAUGGCAGGCAUCACAGCGCACUACUCACAUGGCAGGCAUCACAGCGCACGACUCACAUGGCAGGCAUCACAGCGCACGACUCACAUGGCAGGCAUCACAGCGCACGACUCACAUGGCAGGCAUCACAUCGCACGACUCACAUGGCAGGCAUCACAGCGCACGACUCACAUGGCAGGCAUCACAGCGCACGACUCACAUGGCAGGCAUCACAGCGCACGACUCACAUGGCAGGCAUCACAGCGCACGACUCACAUGGCAGGCAUCACAGCGCACGACUCACAUGGCAGGCAUCACAGCGCACGACUCACAUGGCAGGCAUCACAGCGCACGACUCACAUGGCAGGCAUCACAGCGCACGACUCACAUGGCAGGCAUCACAGCGCACGACUCACAUGGCAGGCAUCACAGCGCACGACUCACAUGGCAGGCAUCACAGCGCACGACUCACAUGGCAGGCAUCACAGCGCACGACUCACAUGGCAGGCAUCACAGCGCACGACUCACAUGGCAGGCAUCACAGCGCACGACUCACAUGGGACACCUGAGUGUCGUACUCACACUGCGCUGCUCCUCCAUCCCCAUCCCUACUCUUCCCAUCCAUCCUCCUGAAACACCUUCCCCUUUCCUUCUUCCCCUGCCCGCCGAUCCCUCUUCUCGUCCCCUCUGCCCCCACUCUCAGGCCCAGCAGCAUGUGACAGCUGGCAACCUCUCCCCUCUCCUCGACCCCCUCCUGCCACACCCUCCACCCCCUCACUCCCUCCUUCUCCCUCUCUUCCACCUCGCCCUCUCCUGCACCUCUCCCUCCCCCUCGCUCCGCCCCACUCCCUCCGCGGCCCUCCGCUCUCUGAAGCUCCUUCACGCCUCCCUGCUGCAGGGGAGUGAUAGGGGACGAAGGAGGGAGAGAAGAAUGAGUCGAGGGGAGAGUGAGGGGAGGCAGAGCAGGGGGCGAUGGAGCGGGAUGUUCUGGGGAAGUGGCGCAGAGAGAGGGGAGGUGCAAGACACUGGCGGUGCGUUAGGCGCACAGCUGGCUAUGCUGGGUGUGGUGGACAGUAGGGAGUUUGUGGUGUAG